AUGUGUACAUAUUGGAGAAUGAGAAUAAAAGUAACAGGACAGAGUGAAGCUUCUUGACUCAAAAGCAGGUUAUUAUUUAGUGGCCCGGCUCAGUGUUUGUACGGGAUGGACUCUAUUAUGCACUUUUGAUCUGAAAUGGACACGGAGAGGUGCAAAAUAAGAGAGUGGAGUGAGAGAGCAGAGAAUAUGGUCUCGUGACGUAACACUGGCCGCGGACGUUCUGAUAGCCGCGCUUCUGCGCGCGUGUUUGUGUUUUUUUUUUUUUUUUUUUUUUUUUUUUGUGCGCGCGCAGUUCGUGAUUAGAUCCGGGCAAAGCAACGCAAACUAUCAUCACCGAUGCAUACCUAAUACAUGCGCCAAAUAAAUAAAUAAAUAGACAGCAAUAACCAACGAUGAGCGUCGCAACCGCCGCAGCCUGUCUGAUCGUCGCUGCCUUUAGCUUCUUCCUGUUUGACAGCAAUGUGUGGUCAUCGCUGCUCGGUGUCUCUCUUACAGAAAACCCAUCCAUGCCCGAGCCGGGAGCUUCACCGCGGCGGAGCCCGCAGGGAGUCCCCUACACCGACCUGCAGCACAUCGUCAACGCCGACGGAUUGCACCUGUUCUGCCGCUACUGGGAGCCCGCCGGUCCUCCAAGGGCUCUGGUGUUUAUAGCUCAUGGAGCUGGGGAGCAUAGUGGGCCAUAUGAGGAGAUUGCACAGAGACUGAGGGAACUGUCCCUGCUGGUGUUUGCGCACGACCACGUUGGACACGGUCAAAGUGAAGGUGAGAGGAUGAACAUCAAAGACUUUCAGAUUUACAUCAGAGACUCCCUGCAGCACAUCGACCUAAUGAAGUCCCGCCAGCCUGACCUGCCUGUCUUCAUUGUGGGCCACUCCAUGGGUGGUGCUAUCUCAAUCCUGACAGCCUGUGAAAAACCAAAUGAUUUUGCUGGAGUGGUUCUGAUAGCACCGAUGGUCCAGAUGAACCCAGAAUCGGCAACUCCAUUUAAGGUUUUUGUAGCGAAGCUCUUGAACCACAUGCUGCCCAGCCUCACUCUGGGCUCCAUCGAGUCCAGAUGGGUCUCACGGGACAAGAAACAGGUGGAGGCAUACGACAACGAUGAGCUGAACUAUCACGGCAGGUUACGGGUGUCAUUCGGCAUCCAGCUGAUGGGUGCGGCAGAACGAAUCGAGAGGGAGCUCCCAUCCAUCACCUGGCCCUUUUUGCUCCUUCACGGUGACAGUGAUAAGCUCUGCGAUAUCAGAGGCUCCAAGAUGAUGCAUGAGAAAACUGCAAGUUCAGACAAGAAAUUAAAGAUAUAUGAAGGAGGCUACCAUGCCCUACACCACGACCUGUCUGAUGUAGCUGAGUCCGUGCUGAAGGAAGUGACCAGCUGGAUCUCAGAGCGACUUCCCGAUUCGACAAUGCCAUCACAGAAAGGCUUGUAGAUUUGUAACUUGCACAACUGGGUCAGCGCUCCAAGGAAACUCCCAGCUUUGUCCGAACAGGCCUGCUCACUUUUCUGUAGUCUGUAAGACGUACUGCACUGUCCUGUCUGGGAGUCAAAUUCCAGCAUUUACAUGAACAUUAUUUUCCCUGUAUGAAAGGUUUAUUAACUCUAUCCUUUGGGCAUCUAUUGUACAAAAAAACAAACAAAAAAAAGACUAUCUUUAUCUUUUGAAUACUUAUCAAUCAGACCACUGUUAAAAAAUGAAAGUCUUAUUCUAGAAACUCAGCAGCAGUAGUCAGUUUCCCAGCAAAACCUUCGAUCAGGAAUGUGCCUCAUGUGCUCCAGCCAGCAGGUUUAUCCAAUUAUUUUUUCAUAAUCUCUAUGGGGCUGCUUUUUAGUGCAGCUUAAAUAACAAUACACUAUGGUUCUAAGUGCAAUAAUAACCACCUUUCCUAUUCCUCGUUUACAAAAUAGGCCAGAUCUUUUAAGUGCUAACAAUGAAAUAAAACAGAAUAACUUAAUCUACAGAGGACCAAUUUCUUUUUGCUUAUUUGCCAUUCAGUUGCAGGUCAAAGGUCAGGAACGUCUUGAGCUGCUGUCAAAUCAGUGCUAGGUUGGACGGCUUGAGAGAAGCUGUCAUCUCAGACUUACUCUAGUUUUUUACUCUUAACUCUCUGACCCAUCUGUUUGGCCUCUUCAACAAUAAGCACUCUGUAUUAAUAGCAAAUCCAGUCUACUUCCUCCUCAUGUCUCUUUUGUUUGGUCUGGGGACAGAUGGUUGGCCUAAAGGCAGAUGGUUGGCACUGCUACAUUAUAUGAAAAUGCAGUAUAACCUAAUAACUAUUCAUCAGGAAUGUUUUUUUACUAAUCAGUUGAGUGUUUUAAGGUAUAUUGUAUAUAAAGAGAUAUUUUUCUUUUUGAGCCUAAUGAGAGCUUCUCAAGCAAGUCAGUUAUUUACUGAAUGAUUUUUCAUACUUGACUUUUCUGUGUGGGAUGAAACAAAUUAACCAGGUAAAGCUGUCAUCACUCUCUCUGCAGGUGGGAAUUAGCAUGUGAGACUAAAAUGUCAAAUGUUUUCUCCCUUAUUUGCCCUCUGACCUUUAAGGUCAAUGUUGAUUUCAUUGUUAGAGCUGUUCUGGAUCUAUACAUUCAUUAAGGUAAAACUGCAACAACAGGGCCCAGCUGGAAACUGAGAGAGUAGGAUCAAUAAUAAAAUAAAAUAUUAAAGGCUUUGGAACAGUAGUUAUGCCCUCAGUUUGGGGGAUGAAUAGCUGAUAUUAAAAAUGGAUUUUAUGCCAAAUAGCUGCAUGUGCAGGAACCUCAUCUCGAGGUAGUGACAUAAAUCUUGUCUCUUUUGUUUUCUACCUUCUCUAAUAGCAAUGUGUCAUACCUGAAUUCAGCAUUGGCUUCAAUAGGUUAGCAAUAAUAUCACAAUGGCUUUUAUAUUUGAUAGAUCAUUAAUUAUUGGCCAGAUGGAUUUGUACUGAACCCACCAUUAUUUAUUGUCACAUAGACUGUAAUUACUGACUGCAGCUACUUAAUUUUUUCCUCCUCAUGUAGCACAGGAAGAUUUUUACACUUGCACCAAACAUAUUAGGUAGACAAAUAUUGUGAAGUUUGUGUUAAUUCAGACCUUAAGCUAGCUGUUGAUACAUCUGCAGCAUUCAUGUGUGUCCUAUGGAAGAUAAUUCAAAUGGGGAAAUAAAUUGUGUGUUUUAUUUAUUUAUUUAUUUUUUUCUUUUUAAUCACCUAGAGUUCAAAGAAACUCAUGCAGAGAAUAGAGGGGCUAAUGGUAUAAUGGUGUGGUAUCCAUGGUGACCAGUAGUCAUGUGUAACCACGGUAGCAGUCCAGCAGCAAGGGUCUUUUUUCUGUCUCUCUUUUUUUAGAUGUUUUUCAUGUUGGAUCACCAGGGUGAUCCCAACAAGACAGAUAGAAUGACACAAAUUUCUGACUACCAUGUGCUUCUCUCCCAUGUUUCAUUGCCCCGGUGUAUUUGUUUUCCUUUUUUUUUUACCAGUUGCAAGUGGUAAUCAGUGCUCCACAUCUUGUCCAUCACAUACAUUUUGUUCGGCUAGAGAUUGAGACAUUUUGUACUGUGAAAAACAUUUUUUGGGUGAAUAAAAGAAAAGAGACAGGCUAAGUUAAAGGAACUAGAAAAUCUGUAUUUCUACAGGCUUUUGAGGAUAUUGUGCAUGAAAAAAAUAUCUUAAUAUUUUACUAGGAGUGCAGAUAUAGAUGAAAAAAAAAUAAUGUAUUCAUGAUUCCCAUCUGGAGUCAGACCCUUAACCCCUACCAGGACUGCAAGCACUUCAGACACAAUCUACUCUUGAUUAGGCUGCAGCAGACACGGCACACAUAAAGGCUGCACAGUCUCAGUUGUAUUCAAACUCCUAAUGGCAUCCCCGCUGAACCACAUCAACACUACAAUGAUUUCUACUGGCAGUGUAAUUUCACAAGCUCUACCUGUCAGACAAACAUGCGUGUAUAUCACUGCUAUCAUUAGCUCUGGGGGUGGAGAGAUAUGGGUAUACAGAGGGAUGAUAAGAAAGAGAUGAGAACCAGACAGUAACCAUGGCAGCCACCCAUUUUCUUUUCCUUAUCAUCAAAAUCACCCAAUAAAAAGGUUUAUUUAUUAAUUCUACAGAAAGCAUGACACAUGUCUGCGCUUUCAGAGUUGGUUGUCCAUUUCGCUGCUCUGAGGAUUCCCUUUUGUGUAAGCGCUGAGAUCAGAGAGCAAGUAAUUGGCACUGAAUAAUGAGAGCUGUGUGUACUAAAUGUAAAGCUGCAUGCUCUAUUUUUUUGUACUGAAAACACACCAUUUCUAUCUAAGGCGAGAAGAAUUCCUUUGAGAUUUCUUGUGUUUGGGUACCCCUUCCGUCCAUUUUAUGUCUUGGUUAAAAAGUGGUUAAAGGAAGUGAUUAGAAUUAAAUAGCAAUUCACCAUUUUUCUACUAGAUGUCAUUCCUGAUCACCUCAGCUGCACGCAAUCCAUAACUUAGUCCUUGCAUCUUUUAAAGACAUUUCCAUAGCAGUAUUCCAUUGCACUGUUCACUUCAUGCAGAUUUCCUAUACUAAGAGAUUGCCAUGUAUAAAUGCUUAGUUAAUAACUGAUAAUCCACUCGAUUGUUGAGAUCUUUUUUAGUUAGGACAGACGUUCUAUAUUAAGUAAGGGAGAGACAAUAAUGAGGACACCAAACAACUGAAUCUGAAUUGGGCUGCAGCUUUUGUAACAAAGCCAAAUUCAACUGGCCGACUGAUUUGUCAAUAGGGCAUUUGUUUCUGUUUUUAUUUGUGACUUUAUGACUGUUUAUAAGAAAAGAACUGUUAUAUAUGAUGAAGGACUAAGGGGCACAGGCCAGUCUUUCUAUAGUUUUAUGAGACUGAAAUAUUCUAGAAAGACUCAGUGCAGUGUUGCAUGAAGCAAGUCAGGAUUCAGUUCUCAAGUUGACAGAAUUGAGAAGGUCUUUUCAAAAUGCUAUAAAUGCAGUACAAGAAGAAAAGAAAAAAGGAAUGAAGCUAAUUAUAUCUGCAAAAUACAAAUGAGCCAAGCUGUUAAUAUAAGAUUUGAAAGGGCAUAUUUCAAAACCUCAAAUCAAAUCUUACUGGUUUGAUCAGUGUUGACUGAUGUGAUUUAUUUCUUGUAAUUAAUUGUAAUACACUGUACAGUACAAUUCCAUAGUAUUUCUAAUGCUUGUUUGAAAUACAUAAUUCUUUUAUCUUGUUUAGAGUAUUUUUAGAAAAUAAUUCAACAUAUUGGCACAUAUGUCGAGGCACUUUUUUACACCACAACCAUUCAGUCUUGUGUCGCUCAGACUUUUGACACUCUGAUGUGGAAAUUAGCUCAAGGUUGUUUCUGUGUUGUCAUCAGUCCCAAAUAAGACAAUGUUUCUGAAAAGAUUUUGCAUGGAGACACUUUUACUCAGAUGUGAAACUAUGAUGUCUUGUUGCAAACAGAAUUCUUGCUGUCACAGAACUUUGGAUCACUUUUUUAUAUAAGAUCAUAACAACAAAGUGGUGUUUAUACUACAAGCUACAAGUUUGUGUUUUGUCUUUUUAGUUUUUUUUUUCUUUCAGAAAAAUGUUUAAAUUUAAUGGUCCAGUUUUAAGAAAGUUUAUAAAAAAAAAUCAUCUGUUACAUUUGGAGGAACCAGGUCUCUUUUUUCUUUGUUUGUUGGCUUUGUGGGGGUGGGGUUAAAGCCAGUGAUUUAUUUAAAGAAUUCCAUAAAUUUUAAAGACAUAUGUAACUAUAUGUGCUAUGUAAUUGAUUUGUUUUAGUGUUGUUUGUGCCUUAUUACUCCAGUGAAUGUGUAUCUUUAUCACUUUUGCAUUAAUCUGCAAUUGUAUCUGUGUUAAACAUUUAUUUUUUGGUUACUCUGGACGUUUGUUGUCACAUUUGUUUCUACUUCUGGCUCAGUAACCCUGUCUGUGUGCCUGUCUUCCUCAUGUUGUCUCAUUCAGUUUACAUCUGUCUGUCUGAAUUUAUGUGCAAACAGGAGUAUAAGCAAGUAUAGAUAAAAAAAUAAUAAUAUUAAAAAACAGUAUUUUAAUACAGUACUAGCUACAGCACAAAAAUACCUCCUAGUUCUUUUAAACAAGAUUUAUUUAACACCAUCAGAGAAAUACUUAACAAUAGAAAACCAUGCUUUUGGGCUGUUGUAUAAUAGUACAAUGGAUUUAUAAUUUCUUACUACCUUUGAGUGUCAGUCAAAAUAAGAAAUUCAGUAUAUUACAUAAAAAUGAUCAUAAUAAUGACAUACGAAUGUCUAAUGUGAUGGACUGGCGUCCUGUCCAGGGUGUACCCUGCCUCUCGCCUACUAAUUGCUGGGAUAAGCUCCAGCUUCCCUGCAACCCUGAAUUGGAAUAACAGAAAAUGAAUGAAUGUGUAAUGCAACAGGAGCCAGAGGUAGAUUCUUUUGAUCACUACUGUUGUAUUUGUUUAAAGUGUUUAAGAUGCAUUAUUUCAAUUUAUGAGUUAAUGCAUCUUAAGUCAAGUUUCAAAUGUUCAUCAUUAAAAUUUUACCACUUAAAAGACAACUGAAAGUCACUUUUUCACAACUUUAACAUUGAUUGUAACAUGCCGUUUUUCUGUGCAUUUGCCAGAAAACACAAUAUUCAUGACAUAAAAAAAUGCUGGCUAUAGUUACGAGGUCUCUGUGUGUAUUAAAUCACUGAAAUAUAAGUUUAUAUAGGCAGUUCAUGACUAUGUGUGACCUACACAGUUCUCAUUGCAUCCUCACAUUCUUGAGUCUUCCUUGUAAAGUUAUAUGUUGUUUUAUUUAACAGGAAACUUAGUGUUGCUUGAUAAUUUAUAAAAAUGAUUCUUUUAUUUAUCUAUCAAUUGAUAAAUAUGCCAUUUUAGUAGCCACCCCUCUAAAGACAGGGUUCUCCAGACCUUACAUCAACUCAAAUUCAGGUAUCAAACAUUGUAAGUCUUUUACUUUUCACUGAUGCAUUGUAUUUACUUCAUAAGUUUAGUAGCAGCAUUGAUAAUUUACUUUAAAUGGGACAAAAUAUUGUAAAAGAUGUACAUAAAAUGUAACAAUGAAACUGAUAUCAAAUCACUGAAUGUCAAACUACUUCUUGCUAGACUGUUCAUAAUGUCCAUAUUCUUUCUGAAUAAACUACCUGACUGUU